AAGGACCGUGUGACAAAGCGUGGAAAAAAGGCUCUAUGGAGAUGUGACCCUUUUACGCACAGCUGAGCUCUGAGCUGUCCUCAUCCUCUUCAUCUAUGGAAAUAUUUGUUUUUUUGUCAAGUGCCAAAUGGCUCUUCUGACCCACCAGGAGUCUGUGGAAAUUAGCCCGGGAUCGCGCACUGUCUCCACUCGGCACUCAUGAACUUUUUGGACCUCCACGCGCCUCUGCAUUCUUCUCAGGGACAAUGAGGACGAGUCGCAAAUGCAGGAGUCUCUUGUCGGUUACCUUGAACUUCUUGGCUCUUUUUUUCGCCAUCACCGCAUUUGUCACGACGUACUGGUGCGUGGGGACCCAAAGAGUCCCCAAGCCUAAGUGCAGCAAGCUCCGGACGCACCAGUGUAUAGACUACGGGGUGAACGAGACGGACCCGAACAAGGUGGUGUACAGCUGGGAGACCGGGGACGACAGGUUCCUCUUCAGACAGUUUCACACCGGGAUCUGGUUCUCCUGUGAGGAAAACAUCCACGAUGAAAGUAAGAGAAGGUGUGUGUGUGUGUGUGUGUGUGUGUGUGUGUGUGUGUGUGUGUGUGUGUGUGUGUGUGUGUGUGUGUGUGUGUGAGUUUUCUGUUGAUUGAGUUUAAAGCUCCAGUAAGGAACUUUUCACUUCUAUCACUUUUGGUACCCACUGUACUGUUCUUGUCCUUUAAACCUAUUUAUUAUUUGGAAAUCACAACAUCAGGACUGUUUCUUCUGAUGCUAGGGGGACAUCUACCCAUUUGCAAAAGUUUUGAGUGUAAAAAGAUCUUGUCUUCCCUUAGCAAAAAGUAGUAUACUUAAAGUUCACUUUAUUAAGUCUGCUUGAGUAUAAACGUAUAAAGUCUACUACUGACUAUGUACUUUUAGCAUACUACAAAGUAUACAAAUUUAUUCCUUCUUCAGACUAAAAUGGAACAUUUUUAGAUUAUAAAAGUACACUUUAAGCAUACUUAAAAGUAGACUUCUCAGUAUACUAUUAGUUUACUAGUAUUGAACUUGUAGUCCCCUUUUUAGUUUAUAAAAGUACACUCUGAAGUAAACCUUCUUGGGGGGAUUUUGCGCUCAAUGGGUAGGACAGAGCAGCAAUGUGGGAGAUGGUGUGUGUGUUUGUGUGUGUGGUGUGUGUGUGUGUGUGUGUGUGUGUGUAUGUGUGUGUGUGUGUGUGUGUGCGCGCAGCACAUGGUCAGGACAGGAAUCAAACCCGUGACCACAGCAGGGACCACAGUCCCCAACAUUGGGCGCACAUUAAUCCACUCAGCUAUCUGCGCACUGAUUCUGAAGCAUAAUUAAAAUUACCUUUGGGUAUGCAAUUACUUCUAUAAAAGUACAUAUUUGUAUACCUGGCUUGUACUGCUUAGUAUACUCUAUAAGAGUAUGCUCUUAAAAAGAUAUAUGGAAGUAUUUACUGACCAAGUAUACUAAUACAUACUUAAGUAUAUCUUGAACAAAAGUUUAUAUCUUAGUGUAGGUUAAAUCCUUUUAGACUUUUAGUUUAAUUCUUUGUACAAGACAAGUAUACUUAAACUGAAGGCAUUCUUAAGUAUAUACUGGACAAAAGUUUAUGUCUAAGCAUAGGUUAGAUAUGUAUGGACUUUAAGUAUAGUUCUUAGUACAAGCCAAGUUCUUAAAAUUACCUGUGUUAAGUAUAUCUCUGAAAAGUCCACAAAAAGGACACUGAAAGCAUACUUAGUUUAAAAAAAACAGUGUACUUGAAGUACACUUCAACGUCUUUUUGGUAAGGGUUGUUUGGUCUUGUUUACUUUUGUAUAUCUUAAAAAGGCAUCAACAUGAAUUUCAGUGUGUAACAAACAUAAAAAAAAUACUUAAAGGAGCUUUAACUUUUGCCUGAAUUAUGACUAAUUUAGUUUUUUAGAAAGCCUUUAGAAAGUUUUUUCAAAUAAUUUUAACGUGUGAUUUGAGAAUCGGUCAUUACAGAGUUGGUCAUUAUCCUGCUUCAGUAAUGUGGCUUUUCACCAUUGACUCUUACUCAAAAGUAAACGCAAACAUGUGAGUUUGACUUUUGAUUUUUGUUGCAGCUGUUAGACAGGAAUAAAGGAUCAACAUAAACAAAAACAUAUUAAACUUUCUCCAUCGCAGAGUGUAUUCAAGGGGAAAUGAGUUGUUCUUUUUUGUGUUCUUCCAUGUCAUGACAAUUUCAGUGUAAUCACCCUCCGUUUAGAGCAGCUGACUUAUCAAACUCCAGGGAUCUGGUGAAAUUGCUUUAGUUGUUUUUAUCUGACAUCAAAUAUUAAGCCAACAUCAACAGAGAGGAGCGUCACAGUAAAGUUUACAAAACUGAAAAUAGGAAACUUGUACUUCAUGUUCAUGUUCAGGGUUUAAGAAGACAAAAAACUGAUUUAUUUAUUUAUCUUUUUUUUCGUGUGUCGAAGAGAAAUAACAAAAGGAUUUUAUCACAUAACAGUGUCGUCAUUUAUAACAAAACAGUUCAAUGAGUCGCCAAAAGGGUGAGGAGACAGUGACGUCAAAUUUAAUCAAACUAGAUUUAUCUGUUCAAGUCGAUCUGGACUGUUUUCUACGGAAGAGGAUAAGGGCCACCUGGAAAAUGAAAAAAAAAGUCCAAUGUAAUUAUUUUUUUAUUAUUAUUUUGAAAAAAAUGUCAGAGUUCUGAGUUUGAAGUCAGAACUCUUGAGUUUUUUUUCCUCAGAUUAAUAAAAAUAAAUAGGAUUUUAAUUUUUUUUCAGUGGCCCCUAUCCUCUUCUGUAGCUUUCUUAUGUUUUAGCGCUGAUGUUGAAACAGAACUAUGCUUAUGGGACACACGUAGUCUCACCAUGUGUAGGGCUACAAAUGACCCACACACUGAGAUUACUCAAUAAGGAAUUGCUAGCACAUGUCUAUCUCAUCAAGUGGCCGUACGAUGGAGGGGGGUUUGAGACAGCUUGAGUUAAUAAGGAUUAUGUAACAGGGGCCUUGAUGAGUUUUUCCUCAAAACAGCUGUUGCCACAUUCCUUCUACCUGAUUAAAGUGUUCCACGUACAAAUCCAGCCACACGCUCCGCUCCGGCAAAUGACGAAAACAGCACAUCUGCAAGGAAAGCGCGUCAAAGGUCAGCUUCUCUGUAACCUGUUGGUUAAACAGACACGGGGCGCUCAUUUCAUCUCAUCAUGCGGCAUAAUGCUAUAACAGCACUUUUUUUUUUUUUCUUCCCUUCAUUCUGGUCCCUCAUUUUAAUUCUGUGUAAAGUAUCUGUAAUUCAAUAGGACAAAAAGCAGAUGUUGAGCCUCGCUGCCAACGCAACAGCUGGUGACACCGAAUCAAGUGCCAGAAAAAGCAGAAUUUCUCAGACAUCUGCCUCUUACUCAACAUUUGUUUUUUUUUUAGUUGUGGUGUCACUCUGUGGUCACGGAGCAGAAGGUCACGCUCCUCAGUGAGAUGAUCCAGUGAAACACACCUGGACAGAAAUUGGGAAUUAAAACACAGAUUAGGAUUUGGAGUGAUGCUUCUGUCAGUUUAGUGCUUAGAGCAUUUAUUUGGUCCGUUUGUUUAUCCUCAGUGCUUCCCCUCUGACCUUGUCUCUACCCAACUCACUAAUUUCUGAUCCGCAGCUUAGUGAAUUCUUAAUAACGUAUUGGUGCAACAAUUUGGUGUCUUUUUUUCUGCCGCUAGGUGAGAGAUGUCGGAGCUUCAUUGAUUUGGCCCCUGCAUCUGAGAAAGGUGAGUUUCCACUACUCAAGACACAAGUAUUAUAGAAAUAAUGUCAGAAAGAGAUUAUUGUUUAAUUGGAAAUUAAGGACGAAUGUUUAAACUCGAUUCUGUUUCAGAUAUUAUAUCAACAAAUCAAAUGAAUAAAUCACUUAUUUAUGAAUUUGGUGCAUUAAAUGAUAUAAACGUGACAUUUUUCUGUCUUUAUCUUCCAUUUCCUUCGAUCAAAAAUCUCCUCGACUUUCUGUUUGGACGUUUCAUUUGCCAUUUUAAAGAUGAAACCAGAUGAACACUCUCAGAGUCGGUGUGAACUCGAAGGACUCUCAGCUGUGUUGACACUGUCACUUGAAAAGGAUUCACUUCCUGUCAAGUGGAGAAAUAACAAAAAGCCGGCAAUGUGGAUUUGGAUGUAAUCACAUUUGGCCAGAAACAUAAAAAAGCUGAAGAAGAUUUUAUCGUGCACAACUAGUCUGACAUUGACCAUGAAAUCCUAAUCUGUUUCCUGUGCACACGUGUCUGUUUAAUAAGUUGAUGUUAUUGUAAUCGUUUGAACCCGUGUUGCAGGGAUACUAUGGCUGUCACUGGUUUCUGAGAUGCUCUACAUUAUUCUGCUGGUGGUGGGUUUCAGCCUCAUGUCUUUAGACCUGGUCCACUCCAGUAACGUCAUCGAUGGACUCAAGCUCAACGCCUUCGCUGCUGUCUUCACCGUGCUCUCAGGUACUUUAUCUAGCUUUGAGGAUCACUUGAUCGAGACUCCAGAAGUCUUUUAUUGAGGCAUCACUUGUAAUAUCCCGUCUUUGGUUAAUUCAUUUAAUUAUGUACGGAAGCCCAGAAGGGACAUGGAUAAAAAAAAAAUUUAAAAAAGAGUUUUCUAGAGAUUUUUUUGCGAGAUCCUGCAAACGUUGUCUCAGAAGUUAUUGGUCAGUAGAUUACUUCUGUAAUUUUAACAAAAAUAUUGUACUAAUGUACACAGUCGUGGGAAAGGUUCAAUUUUAUUUUGAACUCCUUUUCUGUCCACCUUGUCCCUUUGCAUGCACAUAAUGUCCUCGGGAUGUCCCUUGACCAUAGGAAUUCUUUCAAAUCGUCCUCCAUGACUCGUGUUUUUUAAGAAAACCGUGCCUAAAAUAUCUUUUUAUCUGAGGCCAAUCUCAAAAAGAAGAUGCAAUGAACCUCUUCCAUGGGUGUGUGGGUUCCAUCGUUUGGGAUGACUCGACAUGGAAGAAAUACACUGCUCAAUAAUCUUUUUACUUAUAAUCCUUUGACAACUUUGUGAGAUCUCGCAAAAGUUUUGUGAGGGCACGCAAAAGAUCGCGAGAAAACCCUUUAAACUUUUUUCUUUCAUUUUCCUUCGGGGGCUCUGUAAUUAUGAACUGUAAAAAAGGAGACACAAAAAGCCAAAGAAGUUGAUACCAACUAGACUAAGAUCUGUGUUUAAUGCAUUGUUUGAAUAAGAGUAAGUCAUACUGAGACAUGAAGAUGUGAAGAAAUGAUGUUUUAGUGUCUGAUAAGGUGAAAGCAAGUUCUAGAAAAUUCCAAGAAAGUGUUUUAAGGCUCAUUUAUGCUCAACGUUACAUACAGAUCUGAAUACAGACAGAGCUCUUCGUCUGUGCUUCCUGUCUGUAUUUCUGUACGUAUCUUUGAAGUUUAUGGAUACGGAUCAGAUGGAGCAGUACCACCGGAAACCAUAGGGGCAGUGUUGUUGCUGUCACUACCUGAUACACAUCUCUAGAGAAAAACGAAGAAAACAACGGCGGGGCUUUUUGACGAUUGUCGUCAAUUUCUCUCAUCUGAACUACUAAGAAAAGAACGCUGCCUCUGUUUCUGUCUUCUAUGCAAAACAUACACUACCACUAGCUCCUACACGGUUGCCAUGUUUCUUUUUGUUUUUGUCAGAAACUUUUGACUCCGGCCUGCCCCCUGGUGGAUGUAAUGGUUAACAUCCACGCCAACGUAAAGGAAGUAUGUGGGCAGUGACAGAACCAUCGUUUGAAAUGGACGCGUACAUUUUUAUACGUAUGGCGAGCAUAAAUGAGCCUUUACUGUCAUUAUGUUUGAAUAAAAGCAAAAAAAGAAAGUUGAGUUUUCAAUACCGGCAUACCUCUGAUUUUAGUUUGUUUACCAAAGUCAAGUUUGCGUUAACAUAGACUUCUAAAGAUUUAUUCCACUGUUUCCAGGUCUCCUUGGUAUGGUGGCUCAUGUGAUGUACACACAGGUCUUCACCGUCACUGUCAGCCUUGGCCCUCCUGACUGGAGGCCCUACAACUGGGAUUAUGGGUGGUCCUUCUGGUAAGACUCCACAGUUACACGGCCAACCUCGUAGAUAUUUGGUUCUCUGGUAUCUAUGACACACUUCCUUAUGAAUAAAAUGAUGUCAACUGACCCAUUAGGAAGGCAGAUGAGGGUUUUUUUUGUUCAGCUUGUCUCAGCCAUAAAUAGCAGGCAGUGGCUGUGCUCUCACCUCUCCUCAGCGUCACUGUCUGUAAUGAAAAAAGCCCAAAGCUCUCAUGUUAUGGCAGGAUUAGGCUUUGGUGUCCAAAGCUCCGAUACAGGCGUGAUUAGAAUUGCAUAAGGGGAUAAUAUUUUACUCCUUUACUAUAUGCGCAGUAUGCUGAGAUUUCAUUCUAGAGGCUGAACAAUCCUUGACCUUUUGUGAGCAUUAACAAAUGUGCUUAAAUGUACAUGAGGAAGAAAUUCAGAUGUCUGAUCCCCCAUGUGGCCAAGCGUUCUUCAGGGGAGCAGAAGGACCUAAAGAGAUUGACACUAAUCUCAGCAAACAAAAAUAUUGAGGGGGAAAAGGCCGGGAUGCAAUUUGUAUUGUGCUCUUACACGAAUGUUUUGCUGUUUUUUUUAUUACAUCAGCCAACAUUUGCGGCAUUACAAUCAUCCCUUAAUUCCUCUUCCUGUCCCUUCUGUCUCGUACCAGCGUGGCCUGGGCAUCCUUCACCUGCUGCAUGGGCGCGUCGGUCACCACCCUCAACUCCUACACAAAGACUGUCAUCGAGUUCAGGCACAAACGAAAGACCUUUGAGCAAAGCAUACGAGAAGAGCAGGCGCGGGAGGCUUUCGGAUAUUACAGGGAGCGCUCUGUGCACUCCAUCUCCAAGUCUGUGGAGAUUUUUACCAGCCAGACCCCGAAAAGUGGCAGAAAAACUCCCAUACCUGUGGACUCUUUGGACCUGAGUGACUGUGUGAGAUCUUUAGGGGAGGAGCAGUGCUGAUUGGGACAAGAGAUUCCCUCACGGUGUUGCAACUCGCCGUAUGGAAGUGCUCGUUUGAUUGGUGUUGGGUAGAGAAUGAACAGGAUGAAACUCCUUGUGGGACUUCAGGGCGCAUCAUGAGCACCAUCUGGUACAUUUCAACACUGCCUUAAUCGUGGGAGAUUUCUUGGCAUGGUUUGUCGCAGAGGUCAGAGUCACACAGGAGCUUUAAACCAGCUGACAAAAGGAAAAAGUAGACGUGAACUAAUCUGGUAGAUGUAGGCUUUUAAGGAUGUGUUUGUGUACCCUAUUGAGAAAGAGGGUCAAGGCCUUACUUUACAUGCUUCAGAUGGUCUGAACAUCAAUGCAAUGACAGCGGACAAUUCAGAGGUUUCAUUAAAUCUGUGACAAAACCACCAAUACUUACAUGAAGAUGAUGUGCCUGCAAAUGGAAACUAGGGCUGCACGAUUAAUCCAUUUUAAAUUGUCAUUGAAUUAUUUGAUUAUGACGAUCUUAACAAAAUUAAAAUCGUCAAAUUGUUUUUUCUCUCUAUCAUGUCUCGCGCCUCCAGGCCACCGUAGGUCCCCCUUUCUGCAAAGUGCUCCCCAGUUCCCACACACACCAGUGUAAACAAACAUGGUGUUUACAAAAGAAGGCGAUAAUUUCGUGGCUAAAAGGGGCGAGAGCAAGUCAGUCAUGUGGAAUUGGUACGGCUUCACAGUUUCGGAUAAAGAGCAAACCACUCCCUGCUGCAAAGUCUGUCUGAAGGCGGUAUUAACAGGAGUAAACGCAAAAAAAAUUUUUGUCGUAUCGGCAUUUCAUCCACACGGAAACAGUGUUUCAGAUGACUGUAAACGGCACUUUUUGAAAGUGCGUCAGAGAGUGUAUAAAUCUGUAAAUGACGACCAUUUCAGCUCUGUGUGGAUGCCUAUCUGCUUCUCUAGGAACAAUCAUGUGACACACAGCGUAACUCUGAGCGUGUCCGGCCAAAACAACCUUUAUGAACGUGUCCGUACUCUUCUUCUGUCUUUUGUGCAUUUCCUCAGCAGCGUUACAGCGCCACUUACUGGCUUGGCAUAUGCACUACAUCGUUUUCAGUGGUUUCGUUUUGAGAGAUGAAACUUAGUAGAGUAAAGUUUGGUCAAGUUGUCUCUGAAUAAAAUAAAUGAAAUCAAAAAUCAAGUUUUCAGAUAAAAAAAAAAAAUCUGGAUUUCAUUUUUGGCCAAAAUCGUGCAGCCCUAAUGGAAACUGUAAAUAACACAUGUCUGUCUGUAUUUGUCUUUUUUUUUAGAGGUUACCAUUAUUGUCCCAUAAAGUUAACGUACACAUACAAACACUCCUAAACUGCUGUGAACUCUGACAGGAAGAGCUUCAGCAGACUUUGUAAUUAAAACUUGAUGUUUAUGCUUUCAACGGAGGAGAAUCAAUCCUCGACACUGUGAACAGAAACAUGUUAUGGUUAUUUUAAUUCAUUUCAUUAAAGAUGUCAGGGGAAGUUGAUACAUGAGUUUCCCAAUAUUAAUCGAAGUAUAUUUCAAGACUGGCUUUAAGGGGGCAAAAGAGAGACCACCCUAAUCUCUUUUAAACAGUCUUUGCAUCAACUCUGCAAGAAAAUCUACAAUUAAACAAAUUUAUUUCCACUGAUGAAUUAAAA